GCUCGACGCCAUGGCAAGAACCAAGCAGACCGCCCGUAAGUCUACCGGUGGCAAGGCGCCCAGAAAGCAGCUCGCCACUAAGGCCGCCCGCAAGAGCGCCCCGGCCACCGGCGGCGUGAAGAAGCCUCACCGUUACAGGCCGGGCACCGUGGCUCUGAGAGAGAUCCGCCGUUAUCAGAAGUCUACUGAGCUGCUCAUCCGCAAGCUGCCCUUCCAGCGCCUGGUGAGAGAAAUCGCUCAGGACUUCAAGACUGAUCUGCGUUUCCAGAGCUCGGCCGUCAUGGCCCUGCAGGAGGCGAGCGAGGCGUACCUGGUCGGCCUGUUCGAGGACACCAACCUCAGCAUCAUGUCUGGCAGAGGCAAGGGCGGAAAGGGGCUCGGCAAAGGAGGCGCCAAGCGUCACCGUAAAGUUCUUCGCGAUAACAUCCAGGGAAUCACCAAGCCGGCUAUUCGCCGUCUGGCUCGCCGUGGCGGUGUUAAGCGUAUUUCCGGUCUGAUCUACGAAGAGACUCGCGGUGUGCUGAAGGUGUUCCUGGAGAACGUGAUCCGCGACGCCGUCACCUACACCGAGCAUGCCAAGAGGAAGACGGUCACCGCCAUGGAUGUGGUGUACGCCCUGAAACGCCAGGGACGCACCCUGUACGGCUUCGGCGGUUAAACGCUCCAACACCGAACGACGCGAACACAACGGCUCUUUUAAGAGCCACCCAAA